GUCGUAUUUUUGAGAUAUCAGGAAAGUCUGAUGCAUGUAAACUGGGCAAGAUGUCUCUCGUGGAAAUAUGUCUUUGAGUGCUAUCAAAGCUCGAGCAGGAAGUCACGGAUGAGUAUGGUGGGAGGUGCGCCUUCCUCAACUCCCUCCCGUGCAUGCAGAACAUCUCAAGUUUUCCUCAAUCAUUUUCUCUCCGCACACUACAACAUCAAGUUCUUGAACUCUGUACACUCUGCACACUCUGUGGAGGGAAAUCCGGCCACACUAACUGCAACACAAAGCACACUAUCUCGCAAGUAAGCACUUGUCAAGCAUAUAGAUCUUUCCUUCCAACUUUCCCGAACAAUCCUUUGUUUAAACCAUUUGCGCAUACCCAAAAUCCUAGCAUGCCUGAUCCUGGAGGAAGUCAAAAACAGGUCGUGUGCAUUGGUGGUCGCUGGGUACUAUCCCAAACCCAGGGACUACCUUUGAUCGAACCACCGGGCGACCCAGAGCCGUCCAGACUACCUCGAGUUGCUGGCUAUGACUCUAUGAGCAAUUACACGAGCCCUGGACAGGAUGAUUCGUCAUCACUAUGUGGCACUCCUGGUGGUGGUUCCGGAUGCUCAACCACAGCAAACGGGACCGGGCAUGACACAAUCUCACCUUCCUCCACACGACGUAGUCCUGAUCAUCACGAUACCAUUCCAAGGGGUCAGCUACAUGACAACAAUGACAUACGCCUAACACAAUCGCCCCUGGAUGAUAUCAUUCCAGAGCAUCUAGACUCGCUUGAACAUGACCACGAGGAUGUGGACUCUCCAGAACACUUGGCACGAAAUAAGGAUUUGGAUGAUGGCUUCCAGUCUGAAGAUGAAUCCGAUUCCAGCGUCAGAAGCGAAGGUGCAGAGUCCUACCAUCCCAGCGACACAGAAGCUCCCAACAGCAAAGUAUCUGCAGCAAUGCAAAAAAAGCGAUGCAAAACUCAAGCCACGGGAAAGGGUGAGAUACAUGACGUUCCUAUCAGAAAGAGUGCACGCAAAGUUCAAAGUCGCAAGGAUGUGCCCAUCACGAAGACAAAGCAAACUGCCGGCAGCACACCACCUGCGCAUGUGCAAAACUUCCAACAGGGCACUGGUGCAAAUCGUUUGUCUACGCGCAACUUAGCACAACGGCUGUACGAGCAGCGCGCUGCCCAAGCAUAUGACCACUCGGAGAUCGUCCCUGAGAAUCAGGUCACUCAGCCCUCGCCUCCAAAACUUACAUCAAAGCGAGUGGCGAAGCCUUCCUUUCUUGAAGCCACAGCCCCCGUUAAUAAGUCUCUUUACAACGUGUUUAUGGAUAGAAGCAAAAGCGCCUUUACCUCCAAUGGCAGCAAAGCCCCCCAAAAAGAGUCGAAGCAUCCAGCGGCCCAGACUGUGCUAAAAAAGCACACAGGCGCAGACUCAGACGAUCCAUAUGAUUUUGAAGAGUCCCCAAACACUUCCACAAAGAAACAAUCUGCACAUCAUGCAAAUACAGUUACCAGAACCCAUGCAUCCAGGUCAAAACCAGAGGCUCAACGUAACUCCACCAAGGGGAAAGCCGCAGUCACCGGUCGUAGCAAGGUUUCUAAAUUUCAGGCGCAUAAUGUCUAUGACCCAUUCGAUAUCGAGGACCCUACAAUGGAUGAGCAGGAGCAGCUUCCAACAAUGACAAGGAGGCAGGGUCUUGUACAAAACAUGAAGACGGACGAUGGUCCAAGCAAGCCUCCACUGCGUGUUGCCAAACCUUUGGAACAAAUAACCUCGAAACUCAAAAGGCCUCUGCACGAAACCACAGGGGCACCACGAACUGCAGGACCACAUUCCAAAAAGAAGCGAAGUCCUGCUAUAACUGAAUCCUCCUCAGAGGAAGCACCGGGUCCAACGGAACAACCUCCGAUUGAGAGAAGGAACAUGGCCAAAAUCAUUCCUUUUGAUCGCCAAUCUAGCCCAAUCAAGUUGCAAAAGCUUAAGAAGAAACCUAAUACUAUUGAAAAAGUUUCAGAGUCCUCCAAUAAUCUGAAUGUCGAUGGCAACAUUGCUGGAGCUGGUGACGAGUCUGCUUAUCUCAGUGUAGAGACAGGAGCAGCACCUUCCCUUGGAAAAAACACCCAUGCAAGCCCGCAAAGUCAUUUCAUUGAGCCGCAGGAGGCAGUAGCACCUGUUCUGGGGCGACUCCCUUUCCGCAAGCGUGGUGUACUACCACACGCGGCUGAAAACGAAAAGGGAGGAAACAAAAAGCCCCUUGCGCAGAAUGAUGUUCCUGAAAGUCUCGAAACCAAUACGCACAAAAGAGGAACACACCGAAUUGCUCAUAUCGACGCAUUAGAAACGAAGAAGCGAAACGCUCCAGACACACUUCAAACGUCAGCUCGUUCGGUGGAGCAGACAGCACCAACACUGCCGACCGCUCAAGUAAACCGACAACUAUCCAUCAACGAUACAGGCAGUCCCAGCUUGGUUCCUGACAGCGCUGAAAACCAGCGACAUGGUAAGCGUGGAGAAGCAUGGGAAAAAACCCUUAAACAAUCAUGCCCCAUCUCACAGGUAGCAGAAAAUGUGUCCUCACCUGCAGAGAACAACUCUGCACCAGCUCAAGGGCAGAUGCAGGAUCUCCCGUUUGCCAAUAACAAUCAUCACAGUCGUGCUCAACUCAGACAAGUAAAUUUUGUUGCUUUGUCAUCCAGACAAAUCGCCGAGUCGCAGUCUGUACAUGAUACAUGUGGAGAUAUACCUUCCAAUCAAGCCUUGCAUCUGCAACCACAAGGUCAUGAUGAAACAAGAAGGGCUGCAAUUCCAAGAACGAGUUACAUUUACAACUCACAUUCGUUCGAGUGUAAUAAUGGCGCCAACCAGGGAAGGAUACACGAUGACCGGGAUGAUGUCUUCUCUACUGAACGACACAAUCCCCAGCGGCAGCAAUCGUUGUUUGAGGGAAGGUUAAAGCAAGAUUCCCAAACUCGAGUCGAGACUGGGGUCGCUGGACUCCAUCCCAAAUCUAAUGCGUUCGCCCAAAAUCUUUUCAACAGAGUCGAUCUCCCUGAGGUUUCUGCUGAAGCGAGCGGAUAUCCGGGCGACCCCAUGGUACACAGUACCGAUGGACACCGGAAGCACACCGUAAAAAUGCACCCGAAGUCUUACAGUUUCUCUCAAAAGCUAUCUCAGCGUGAGGCUUUCGAAAAGGGUGAUUGUUCCAGCGGGCCGUAUGCAAACCUAGGGCAGCAAAUCCAAAACCAUGGAUUCCGCAAUUCCCAUCGAAACACAGCUGGAGGUAGUCGCCAGGGGAACAUCCUUGACGAUAGAUAUCAACUCCGCCAGAAUGGCGGAGUCGAACUCCAUAGACCAGAGAAACAGAUUCCUCGGGAGGAAAAUAUUGAUCAGGCGUUCAAUGUCCGUCGCUGGGAAAUGGCUGUUGACGACACUUCACGAAGUCUUAUUGACACCAUGCACAGCGUAACAAAUUCACUGCUUCGCCAUCUGUUUUCAAGAGAACAGGCCGUGAAGGGAAUUACCAAGGAAUACAAGCAAAACGGUCACAAAAUAGCCGCAAAGCUGUUGCUGCGACAGAAGGAAGACAUCAACGAUGUGACUGUUGACUUCAGGAAGGAUUUUCACAGACUAUUCACCGCUUAUGAUGAUGCGUGCAAGAUCACCAACGGGUUACGAGACCAGCUUCUAUCGAAACGAAGGAAUUUAGAUGUCAUAUCAUCACAGAAACGACAGCGCCUUGAAUUGGUAAGAGAUUGCAUCAGCGCAGCUCGAAACCAGUUGAAGGGUAUGUGAUAGUAAUUGCACUACUUGGUACAAGAGGCGUAAAUCCGUGUUGCUUUACACAGUGAAGAUUAUUAGGGGCGAAGUUGCGGAUUGACUCGGACGCAAUGAAGUCUUACAGAUCGCUACAGGUACAGGAGCUCGCAGGUUGACAGAAAGUUAGUAGGUGUGGAAGGGGCGUGGAAGAUCUUUAGCUAAUUAGCAUCAUUACAAU